AUGAAGAUGGAUAGUGUUAAAGUUAACUCUAGUAGUGUUGGAGAUAUCUUACCUAAUGUUGUUAGAAAAAAUAUUGAUGGUAGUACCAGUAAAAUGGAUAAAGAUGUCUCAGGCAUUAUUAAUAAAUUUGAAAAAACUUUAGAAAAAUUUCCUUCUGAUUGUGAAAAAAAAGGAAAUUUUAUCAGUAUUGAAAGUGGUAUUUUAAAUGAAUCUCAAUGUUUGGAAGAUAAAAAUUUAAAGGAAAAAUCAUUAUCAUCAAAUAUUUUUGAUGUCACUAAAAUGGUUUGCCCUGUUAUUGGUUCUGUAACAAAUACCCAACUUUAUACUACAAUUAAUGGUAUCAACGUACGCAAAUCUUUUCUUGAAAUUCAUAAGAAUAUUGUUGAUAAAGAAAUGGAAAGAAUAAGAAAAAUUUUACAGGAUAUGAAAAUGGAUCGUCGUGUAUCGUUAAGAUAUCUUAUUGAAAUAAAUUUUAAAAACAACAAAAAAAAUUCUGUUCUUUAUUCUAUUGUUAAUGAAAAAGAUGAUAGUAUUAUAGAAGAAUUUAAGAAAUAUUAUAAGUGUAGCUUUAAUAUUGCUGUACGUGUUCCAGGAAAUGAUAUAUUUAUAUCAUUAGUUCCUGAUGGUGGUAGAAAAUGUAACUGUGUAAAUUGUUUAGAAGGUUGUUCUAUCAAAAAUUGUCUUAUGAAUAAAGAAAUAACUAAUUUUUCUAUUACCUCAACUAAAGUACCUUCUGUAGGAGAAGAAUUAUCAUCUCAAUUAGAUAAGGAUAUAGAAAAUGAAUUAGAAUUUUUCACUAGUGAAAUAGAACAACGUGGAGAUUCAAAUGUUGCGUUCAUUGAUGUCUGUAAUCAAUAUCUUAUUGAUAAAGGUGUUACCUCUACUUUGUAUAUGUUAUUUUAUAAUGGAACACAGAAAGAAUAUUCAUAUUGUGUUGAAGUAUUAACAAGAAAGUUUAACUUAUCAUGGAAAGAUUGUGAUGGGUUGACUCUCUCUAUGAAAGAUCUUGAUUUUGGUGAAGAAAAUACAAUUAGUAAACCAUGUAGUUUAGCUCAUGAAAAAGAAAUUGAAGAUGGCCUUGAAGCUGUUAUUGCUGGUGGUGAUAUUUUAUGUGAAGAUGAGGUUGACUAUUAUAGUUGUAAUGAGGUAUCUGACAAUAAUGGUUCCUUUUCCAAUGGUACUACAACAACUGAGGAGGAUGAAAAAAGCAUGACAAUAACAGAGAUGCUUAUCAAUAAAGCUGGCUUUGAGAAUGGUGAUGCUUUGGAGCAAUUUAUAUGUUCAAGAAUUGAAUAUUACAUUGCUGAAAAUGGAUGUGAUAGAAUUCCAAUAAAUGAGAUGGAUUCUAUUGUCAAUAGCUUUUUUGAAAUGCAUGUUGAUCCAAUAAGAGAAUUUGGCAAAGGAUGGCCAGAGAUGUGCCAAAAAUGGGUUGAUAAGAAAUAUUUAUAUUUCAGUAAAGAUAAAACUGCUAUUAUGGUUACUGAUCCAGAGACACCUGAGUUAUAUUUAAAAGAUAAUGAUAAAAUAUUUACCAAUAAUCAAGAGGAAAAUGAACGUAUUAUUGAUGAAUUAGAAAAGUAUGGUAUAAAUUUAAGACCAUAUGUCCUUUUCCGUAAUGGUCAACCACAUAUUAUUAUUGAAGAUGCAUCUGUUGAAAAUAAUGGUAAAUAA